AUGAAUGUUCAAGACCUCACUCAGACGUUGGUUCAGUCUUUCCACGCUCUAGCCAAUGAGGUCCAGAAUCUGAAUGACCGCCAGGUCGUCCUAGAGCACAAACUUCGCUACGCACACGAGCAGUUUCAAUAUUUGGCCGACAAAUAUGCACCGGCUGCGCCCGAGAUCUCCGAAACUCUUGCGCAUCUGCAACUGCCACCUGAGCCCGACAACCCGUCCCUUGUAAACACAAAUUCGGUUCCUCUUCCCCGACGCAAAUCUGCCGACUCAAAGCACCAAAUUGCCCUCAUCAUUAGAGAAGGACGUCGGGUUGCAUCCUCCCUCGGAAAUUACAGCAAGAGCAGCUAUUCGAGUCGAGAUCUUGACACACUUUCUCGCAGCACCAUGACGACCGCUGCCUCGACAGUCUUGGAGCAGGACUUUACUGUCCAGGGAAAGAAGAGCGAUCUGAAAUGUCCCUUCUCCCAGUCUGUGGAAUCGCCAGAAGCUACUCCUGCCCAACAGCCGGCUUCGUUACCACAUGACUCCAACGAUCCCAUCUGUGCUGCCAUGUAUGAAGAGGCAAGGAGUGCAGAUCGCUCGGCACAUCCAUCAGCACAAGACAGUGCCUCCAAAUGUCCGAUCCGUUACCUAGACCAACACACUCCAGAAGAGAUUGCUCAUUACCUGGAAACUCACAAACACGAACUUCCCCGCAGUCAUGAGGUCUGCUUACGCAGAUAUCAAAAGGAUGAAAUCCAUCUGAGAAAGCUCGAUGCCAAGUACGGUAACAUGGCCAACAUGGUUGAGGGCUUGGGCCGUAUCCAUCAGCCCAUGCUCCCAGAGCAGGACACCCGUCCUCAAAGUGAUGUGGAGAGAGGAUCAAAUGAGCGCGUCGAGACAUGGGCUCAAGCAGUCAGCGCGACCGGUGCCGACGAGCUCGACCAGUCAGUCAUGAAUGACGAGGGUCUGGCUGAAAAUGAAGAACGUCUUAGUCACUUUGAUAGGCCUCUCAAGGAGGUUCGCCUUGGCGAGUCUCCUAGCCGUCCUUGGGGCAUUCCAGUCCCAGACUUCGAUCCGCCCAUGGCUGCUGAUGAAAGCCAUGAACGCCCCCAUUCGCCUCCACCUGCACCCGUACAAGUACCUUUGACACCUGAUGCCAACAAGGAAACACCAAGCCGCAGGCCUGGCAAAUGCCCGUUUGACCAUACCAAGAUGACCAUGAACGGCACAACUCCAGUCGCUCCCCACGACAGAGAUGACCCAAAACAGCCGGAUAUCCCUUCCCCUAACCAAGGUUUCACUCCUGCAACCGCAACUAGGCACCCGACGGCUCUGCCCGGGCAGCCGACAUUUCUGAAUGCUUCCAAUCUGGCACCUCCAAAGCCCGGAGCUCCCCAGAUGCUCUUCACUGGGCCCGUCUUCAUCGGCUAUCCUAUCGAGCAGGCGAUCCAGUUUAUGCAACAUUUCCAGGGACAGCAGUAA